AUGGCCCUUUAUGGCACGUCCAACGCGCUAAUGUGCCGUACAUUUCUGACCACCUUCAGAGGACCAGCACGCGCAUGGUUCAGCCGGCUGCGCCAAUCCUCAAUCGCAUCUUUCGACCAGUUCGCCAAGGAGUUCGAACAAAACUUCCUUACCAGCGUGCGACCUCAACCCUCCAUAGCCACCCUGUUCGCGCUAUCGCAGCACGAGGAGGAGACACUCGCACAGUUCGUAACGCGCUUCGCCACAGAGAUCCGCGGGUACCCGGUUACUCACCCUUCUCUGAUCAUGCAGGCAUUCCUGACGGGGCUGAAACCCUCGAGAUUCUUCUGGUCACUAAUUGAGAAGCCGCCGGCCACUAUCCCCGAGAUCCUCCAUCGUGCCAGCCAAUACGUCGCCGGCGAAGCAUUGGCGGCAGGAAGACGCACGGUCGGGAAGAUACCGCGGAUCGAGCAACCCCGAGUCGCCACCUCGUCGGCCAAACCGCAAUCCCGUCGGAGGCUCGACCACCCCGAGCAGAGGCUCCCGAGGCCUCCACCCCUCCCACUCAACACACCUCGUACCGAGAUCUUCCUCCAGAUCAGGGAGAAAGGUCUUUUGCGACCUCCCAAUCCCAUGAAAGCUACUUACAAAAAUCGGUCGAAAUACUACAGGUUCCACCGAGACCAUGGCCACGACACAGAGGACUGCCACGACCUCCAGAACCAGAUUGAGGAGCUGAUCAGAAGGGGGUACCUCGGCCGUUAUCUCAAGGAACCUCGAGAAGCAACCCCGCGUCCCCGGAUGUCCGUCGAAAGGCAGAUCGAUGUCAUCAUCGGAGGACAGGCGGCGGGCGGCAGCAGCUCGAGUGCAAGGAAAUCCUACGCCCGGAGCUUGAUCGAGAAACGCCCCCGACCCGAGCUAGAGCCCGAAAUCUCUUUUGGGACCGGGGAAGAGGAACGUUCCCAUCAUGACGACGCUCUGGUAACCUCCAUCCAAAUCGCCAACGCUCGGGUAAAGAGGGUAAUGGUCAACACUGGGAGCUCCGUCGACAUCCUGUACCUCGACGCCUUCAAGAAGCUCGACUUGCCCACCGAGGACCUCAUCCCCAUGAGCUCGGCACUCACGGGAUUCACCGGAGACUCAAUCUCCCUGCUCGGCACCACCACACUCCCUGUCACUAUUGGGGAGGAACCAAGGACCAAGACAAUAAUGACUACGUUCAUGGUGGUCAACCUGCCCUUGGCUUACAACGUCAUCCUUGGCUGCCCAACGCUCAACAAGCUGAAGGCGGUGGUCUCAACCUACCACCGAGCCAUCAAGUUUCCCACCUCGGCAGGGGUCGGAGAAUCACGAAGCGACCCAGGGGAGUCAAGAAGGUGCUACCUUACCGCGAUCUCCCUCCCGAAGAGGGUACGCCCCCACAUUCCAGAUUCCCGAGAAGAGGCCUCAGCACCAACGCACCUCGAACCCCCGGAACAGCUUACCGAGGUGCCACUAAAGGGAGACCGGCCAGGUCAGACUAUGAAAAUCGACGCGGCCCAACCCAAAGAAAACCAGCUCCAGCUCAUCGAGUUCCUGAGGAAAAACGCCGACGUAUUCGCAUGGUCGCCCAAGGAAAUGCCAGGGAUCGAUCGGGCGGUAGCCGAACACCAGCUCAACAUCAACCCCGAGGCCAAGCCUGUGAAGCAGAGGCCACGGAAGUUCGCCCCCGACCGGCAGAAGGCGAUCAGCGAAGAAGUCGACCGAUUAACAGAGGUCGGAUUCAUUUUCGAAGUAAAGUACCCCCAAUGA